UGCAUUGACAGGCAUUCCCAGAAAGCCCUGGAGAAGAGGUGAGUUGGAUCAAGUUACAGCACAACAUUGUCAUAGUCAGGAAAACACCUGACAGGGACUGUGGCUCUUCAUUCUGUCCAGGGCUGUGACACUGCUAUAGCCGUGGCCGUUUGGGAAGAGAUAUGUGACCCCUUCCUCUGUAAAGUCCACUGACACUGGAUCUAAUCAGACAGCAGAUCGGGUUAGUCGGUUGAAAUGAAUGCGGGUCAGUCAAACUCUGUUGUUCUAAUUGGUGCCGGAAAAUCGUGCUCCAGGGCUCAGUUUUCCUCUUUAUUGAACACCUACAACUGCUUUCUUAAAGACACAACACACCUGCAGCUCACUGUCUAUGAGAAUGAAGGGAAGGUGACAUUUGAGGGCAUCCUUGGCAUUUCCUGGGGUGUGAAGAAACCCAUUCAGUUACAAAUACAAGAUGAGAAACCGAUAUUUACAAAUGAGUCGUCAGUCAAGUCACCAGACCCCAUGAGUCCACUCGGAAAUAAAAGGGGUAUGACACGAUGGGGAGAAUUUGAUGAUCUUCGUAUUGAUGAACUGGAGGAAGCUGAAUCCACGAAACCUGAACAUCCUACUCAAGGCUACAUCGCAUACGAGAGCAAGACUUUAAGGCCUUCCCGGGCUGUGCCUACCAUUGAAGAAAGUUCAUAUCUGACCCGUACCGUGAGUGAUGCCUCGCUGGUGAAAAUGAGGGUGAAAAGUAAGAAGAUGGUAGAAAGUCAGAGGAACAGAAAUAAUCGCUUCUCCAUCAAUGGACACUUCUACAACUACAAGACAUCUAUUUUCACACCAUCAUAUGGAGCAACCACAAAUGUGCACAUUACCAGCAAGAUGACAACACAAGAAGUCAUUACACAGCUCCUUCAGAAAUUUAAAGUAGAAAACAGUCCAAAUGAAUUUGCUCUCUACUGCAUUCAUCAAAGUGGAGAGAAACGAAGGUUGAGCAGUUCAGACCUGCCACUGUGGGAACGUGUUCUACAGGGACCAUCAAACAGAAUUAUGAAAAUGUUCCUCAUGGAUGCAGACGAACAGGAAGUUAGCCUUGAUGUAGCCCAGUACCUCAAUUUAGAGAUGCCCAUUUUGAGAGUAAUUCUGCAGAAGCUGGAAGAGCAAGAGCAUCAAGAAGAACAAAGAAUAAUCGCAAAGUAUGAAAUGGAACGGAAUCUGUUGUCGCAGUGCUUGAAAAAAACGAUGCCGGUCAAAACCGAGACAACUGUAUAAAUGAAGUCUUGGCAAUGGAAAACUGUUUUCCACAUGAAGUCUCAGGGUACAAAGAGAAAAUAAGAUGGAAACUGGAGUCUUCAGGACAGAAAUCAGGAUUGUGAGAUGUUCAAAAGUGCAUAUAGGCCAUUUGAAACAUGGCUUUACUGUUAAGUUUGUGGUUGUAGUGUAAAUAUAAUGUAAAAUAGUUUUUACAUAAAUGUAAUUACAAUAUUUAUCAUGCGAGAAACCAAAUAAAAUACUGGUAUUUGA